AUGUCCUGCCAGCAGAACCAGCAGCAGUGCCAGCCUCCUCCAAAGUGCCCUCCCAAGUGCCAGACUCCAAAGUGCCCUCCCAAGUGCCCCCCAAAAUGUCCUCCCAAGUGCCCCCCUGUGUCUUCCUGCUGUAGUCUGGGUUCUGGGGGUUGCUGUGGCUCCAGCUCUGGUGGCUGCUGCAGCUCUGGUGGCUGCUGCAGCUCUGGGGGUGGAGGCUGCUGCCUGAGCCACCACAGACCUCGCAGAUCUUUCCGUCGCCAUCGCCACAGCUCUGGAUGCUGCAGCAGUGGUGGCAGCAGUGGCUGCUGUGGUAGCAGUGGUGGCAGCGGUGGCUGUUGUGGCAGCAGUGGUGGCAGCAGUGGCUGCUGUGGCAGUAGCCAGCAAUCUGGAGACUGCUGCUGA